AUGAAGAGGAAAGUCCUGAAGGGAAGCAAUGGGAAGAGGAGGAAGAGCAGUAAAAUGAAGGGCACUUUAGCAAAGCACUUGCAGGUUCAGCUAGGAGAAGUCUCCGUGCUUCCGUUCCAGUUCCAGCAAUCGUCUUCUUCCACCACAGCGGUGUCUAAUUCCUCUUCUCUCCUUCAGAACCUUCUAGACUCCGAAGCGUCCGAUCCACAGCUCCAUUACUUGAAGGAAAACCCCAGUAUUGGCAACAUCGAUAUCGAUGAGAAAGAUUUCAUUCUAAGUCAGGAUCUCUUCUGCACUCCAGAUUAUAUAACACCAGUGGAUCAAAUUUUGCUUAACAGCUUCGAUUGCAAUAAGGAAAACGUAUUAUGCCCCGAAUCACCAGAGAAGCUAAACACUAUUAAAACCAAGAAACUUCGACAAGAUGUUAUCUCAGUCAAUACUCUUACCCCUGCCUUGUCUGAGAAUAUAGAAAAUUUGGAGAUAGCUAGAGAUGCGUUUUGUUCGGAUGAACUGAAAAUUGAGAAAACAACAGUACCUGGAACUCAGAAAAAUUAUGUAUCACAAUCUGCUGUUGCCUUGCGCUGUCGGGUUAUGCCCCUUCCUUGCAUUAAGAACCCAUUUCUAAUGCAUGCUUCAGAUGUGGAUAUAGAUCCAUUUGGCAAUAAACGAUCAAAAUGUGCAGGUUUUUUCUCUGCAAUUGUUCGUGGAGGUGGCCUUUCACGCUAUCACUCUGAUUUUCAUGAGAUGCAGCAAAUUGACAGUGGAAGCUUCAGCUGUGCGUUCAAAGUUUUGAAGAGAAUUGAUGGUUGCAUGUAUGCUGUGAAACACAGCACAAGGCAGUUACAUCAGGAUUCAGAGAGGAGGAAAGCUUUGAUGGAAGUUCAAGCUUUGGCAGCUUUAGGACAUCAUGAAAACAUUGUUGAAUAUUAUUCGUCGUGGUUUGAAAAUGAGCAAAUAUACAUUCAGAUGGAACUCUGUGAUUGCAGCCUAUCCAUUCACAAAUCUUCCAAAUCAUUCACAGAGGACGAAGUGUUAGAAGUCUUGCAUCAGAUUGCUAAGGCAUUGCAGUUUAUACAUGAAAAAGGAAUUGCUCACUUAGAUGUAAAACCUGAUAAUAUUUAUGUCAAGAAUGGUGUUUAUAAACUUGGUGACUUUGGAUGUGCAACGCUCCUAAAUCAGAGCUUGCCAAUUGAAGAGGGUGAUGCACGUUAUAUGCCUCAAGGAAUCCUGAAUGUGAAUUACAAUCAUCUCGACAAAGUUGAUAUCUUUUCCUUAGGAGCUGCUAUUUAUGAGCUUAUUAGAGGAUCACCUUUGCGCCAAUCAGGAUCUCAAUUUCUUAACCUUAGGGAGGGAAAACUGCCACUUCUUCCUGGCCAUUCAUUGCAAUUUCAGAACUUACUCAAGGUCAUGCUAGAUCCAGACCCAGUUCAGAGGCCUUCUGCCAAAGAAAUAAUAGAAAACCCAAUAUUUGACAAGCUUCCGAGAAAUCUCAGAAUUUAAUGGAUUCUUAGCUGGAUUCUUGGGACAGUAAGUUUUGCAUAUUUAAGGAUAAGCUGUUGUAUCUAAGAGAGAACUGCCAAGAUACUGCAUGGAUAAUUUUGUUACAACAGUUCCUUCAGUAAAUGCAUCAAUUUUUCUAAGUAAAUCUGCAUUCUGGACUGGAGGUAUGAAAUUUAAUGAAAUUCCCUCUUUUUUUCUAGUAA